AGGAGGAAAGGAAAAAAAGGAAAGAAGAGAAAGGAAAUAAAAAAAAUGAAUUAAAAAAAAAAACUCCAACUCAACUCAUCUAUUAAUAUACCCCAUCUCUGCUGAAAAUCAAACCAUUCUAUCUGUCUAUCCUUGAAGGGAAACUUAGCAUCCAUACAAAGUUAGAGAGAGCGAAAGGAAGGAAAAGAGCGCUCUUUAUGAGAGUAUCUCUGGAGAGUUGAAACGAAAAACAACAAGCAGUAUUUUGCAUCAUCAUUUAUUCUUCUUCCUUCUUUUCAUCAUCGUCGUCGUCGUCAUGUGUAACAAAAGCACAACCGCUAUAUCUACUUCAACUGAGAAAUCAUCUCAAACCCACCUCUAUUUCAAUCUUCUACCACAACCCAACUCCAUAAAAGACACUGAAAAGCAUCAGGAACACCAAAGAUCUGAAUACUUAUACCCUUCAAUCUCUGAGAUCAUAACAGAAGCUAAGUCACUCUUUAAUCUAGCCUUUCCCAUAGCCCUAACCGGUCUCAUUCUCUAUUCUCGUUCCCUUAUUUCCAUGCUUUUCCUUGGCCUUCUUGGUGAUAUCCAACUUGCCGCUGGUUCAUUGGCUAUAGCCUUUGCUAACAUCACUGGCUACUCAGUUCUCUCUGGCCUUGCUUUAGGUAUGGAACCUCUCUGUUCCCAAGCCUUUGGCGCUCAAAGGCCUAAACUUUUAUCUAUAACCCUUCACCGCUUUGUUAUUUUCCUCUUAUUCACGUCCAUAUUAAUUUCUUUUCUUUGGAUAAACAUGUUCAGCAUUUUGGUUUAUCUUCAUCAAGAUCCUAAUAUCACCCGCAUCGGCCAGACGUACUUACUCUUUUCCCUCCCUGACCUCUUCACCAACUCUUUCAUUCACCCAAUCCGCAUUUACCUUCGCGCUCAAGGCAUCACUCACCCGCUUACUUUUGCAACCCUCAUCGCCACCAUUCUCCAUUUACCCAUCAAUUUCUUACUCGUCUCUCAUUUCAACUUCGGCGUCGCCGGCGUUGCCGCUUCCGCUUCCAUUUCCAACUUCUUUGUUCUCAGCUCCUUGGUUGCUUAUAUUUGGGCCUCCGGCCUACACGAACCCACGUGGGAAAAGCCCAGUUUGGAGUGCUUAAACGGCUGGAAACCGCUGCUCAAGCUAGCCGCGCCGAGCUGCGUUUCGGUUUGUUUGGAGUGGUGGUGGUAUGAGAUCAUGAUAGUUAUGUGUGGGCUUUUGAUGAACCCAAAGGCGCCGGUUGCUUCCAUGGGAAUAUUGAUACAAACGACGUCGUUGAUAUACGUUUUCCCUUCUUCACUGGGUUUCGCUGUUUCGACUCGCGUUGGUAACGAACUAGGGGCAAACCGUCCUUAUAAAGCGAGGUUAUCAGCUGUGGUGGCGGUGUUCGUAUCAGCCAUGAUGGGCCUAUCAGCUUCGAUGUUUGCUUCUGGGAUGAGGCACAAGUGGGCCCGGAUGUUCACAUCUGACUCCGAGAUCCUGCGGUUGACAUCCAUUGCCCUUCCCAUCCUAGGGCUAUGCGAGCUUGGGAAUUGUCCACAAACGGUGGGAUGUGGGGUCCUCAGAGGGAGUGCACGUCCUUCCACCGCAGCUAAUGUGAACCUCAGUGCAUUCUACCUGGUAGGCAUGCCAAUGGCAAUUGGACUCGGGUUCUAUCUCGGAGUUGGGUUUUCUGGGCUUUGGUUGGGCUUACUUGCCGCCCAAGUGUGUUGUGCUGGGCUUAUGUUGUAUGUAGUGGGGUCCACUGACUGGGACCUACAAGCUAAGAGGGCCCAGAUGCUGACCUGCAUAGAUACAACGAUACCUAUUGAUUAUGAUAAAAUCAUGGGUGAGGAAGAACAGCCGUUGAUUUCUAUUACGGUGACUUCGGCUUCUUGAUUAACCGAAGUUUGUAGUAAAAUUAGAAACUAAUAUAUAACUCCAUUUCUUAUCUUCUUUUCCUUAUUUUUUUUCAUUUCAUUUUCUCUUUUUUUUUUUUUUGAGUUUGUGAAUGGGGGUUAGUUCAAUUUAGUAAAAAGAUAAAAAGAAAAUGUUUUGUUGUCUGCUA